CGCGAACCCGCGCUCGCCUUCCGCUGCUGCUCUAGCAAACCCGUCUUUGUCGAGCUCUGGUCCCGCCGCGGCGGCGACUAGUCCCUACGUCACUGCCAUAUCCUCGAAAUCAACACACCCCGCCGGCCCGCCGUCGUCGGCAGCGUCGGCGGCAGCGUCGACCACGCCGGCAGAGUCGACGUCUUCGACCUCGACGCACGUGUUGCAGCACGGCGAUGCGCAGCCGAAUCUGUCGGACAGCAUGGCCGAGGGGGAGCAGACGCCGUCGGGUGCGAAGCGGAAGAGACAGCGGUCGCGCAAGGGACUUGAGAAGUUGUAUGCGUGCGAUGCGCCGGAUUGCGGGAAAAGUUUUACGAGGCCUGAGCAUUUGGCUCGGCAUCAGCUGAAUCACUCCCCGAAAGAAAUUUACAGAUGCACAUGGCCGUAUUGUACAAAGUCGUUUGUGCGAGACGAUUUACGACUGCGGCACAUGAAACGACACAGCCGACGCAGCAAACUGAACGAAGCCGAGGAGAGUCAGGGAAGGGCAGGGAGUUUACAACAGGAUGGUAUACUUCAUCCAACACAACAGCAACAACAACAACAGCGACAAGGGAUGGAAGGUUUGGGUAUGGUUGGAGGGGAUGCUAUGGACAUUGAUCGGAGGUACUCGACUUCAAGUGUAUCUCAACCACCACAGCAGCAGCCGAUGAUUGAUUCAGUAUAUAUUCCUGCGCAGUCGCCGAUGAGUCAAGCUGCGAGUGGUCGAUUCUCAAUGACGAGCCCGAGGUUUCAAGCGGCGGUGUCUCCGCAGUUUAGUGAACACGAUCAUCAUCUACCCGGGCAAUCUCCGAUGGCGCACGCUAGCAGUCGAUUUUCAAUGACGAGUCCACGGUUCCCGCACGCGGUUUCUCCACAGUUUAGCGAGCACGAUCAAAUGCAUGCGCCCAAAAACCCGCCGUCGUCGACACACUCCAACUCGCCACGAUUUCUUGGCAGUCCGCACAGCACACACGGUCUACUGCAGCAGCAGCAGGCCGGGACGACGGUGGAGAGCGGGUCGCCUUCGAACGAGGCGUCGAACACGACGGAUUUGAUCAACUGGCUGUUUUCAGACAGCAUGUUGUCAAACACGCGCGACCUGUUUCUCCCCACUAGUUUCUACUCUGCGUUUGAAUCGCCGAUGGAUCUUCCUAAUCUGCUGACGCCGCCCACGCCGCCGCCAACGCGGCAGAUGUCAGAGACGAAAAGACUGGACAUACUAGGGCUGAUUCCGUCGCUGGAAGGCGAGCCGGACAUGGAGCUCGACGCGAUCCACCGGUUCAUCAACUUAUUCUGGGACCGGUUUCAUUUCCAGUUCCCGAUCCUGCACCGUCCGUCGUUUGAAGCGGAUGCGACGCCGGGCCCGCUGCUGUGGAGUAUUAUAAUGAUAGGCAGUCACUAUGGAGGAGCGCACGGGCUGGCGCUGAAGAUUGCGGAGCACUUGCGGUGGGUGAUUUUUGGGAGUCCGGGGUUUCAUCCGCCGGCGAAGAUUUGGAUUAUUCAGAGUUUACUGUUUUUGGAGGUUUUUGAAAAGACAAUGUCUACGCGAAAGUUUCAUGAACGGGCGCAUAUCCAUCACGCUACGACGCUGCAGUUGAUUAGGCGAGGAUCGACGCUGCUUGGGUCAACGUCGGCGUCGACGUCGUCGUCGUCCACGACGGCAUCCAAUGCCGGGAUGGACGGGAGCUCGGAGGUGUGGAAGCGGUGGAUUGAUGCGGAGAUGGCGAAGCGAGCGGCCUUCAUGGCGUUUAUUCUUGACGUGUGUCAUGCGGCAUUGUUUGCGCACUCGGUAGUGCUGUCGACGCACGAGAUCCGGCUGUCGCUUCCGUGCGACGACAGCGCGUGGGACACGGUGCCAGGGGACCGGAGCCAUGUGGUGCGGACGCCGACGAUGCCGUUUCUGAAGGCGCUGAAGAAGCUGCUGAACCAGCAGUCGGUGGCGACGGGCCGGUUUGGAAGCGUGGUGCUGCUGUGCGGGCUGAUGUCGCUGUCGUAUCAGAUGGAGCAGCUCGAUUUGCAGAUAUCGUCGCUGGGAUGGGGCGCGUUCCGGGACACGUGGCGGACGACGCUCGCGCCGGCGCUGGACUUUUGGAAGGCGGACUACGACCGGCGAUAUCCAGCGCUGGAGGAGCAUGAGAUGCAGCGGGCGGGGCGGAGCGUCGAGGAAGGGGGCUAUGGGAGCAGCGCGCACCUGCAGCGACUGGUGCCGCCGAUGUGGCACAUGGCGCACAUCUCUAUGCGGGUGUCGAUCUACGAUCUCGAGAUAUUCUGCGGGGUGCACCGGGUGCUGGGGCGGCCGACGCGGUACGAAGACUUUGCGGCGGCGAAGCGGCGGAUGACGGACUGGGCGAUAUCGGAGCGGGCCCCGGACGCGGCGUUCCAUGCGGCUCAGGGGCUGUACGAGGCGAUCGUGGUCGGGGACUUAGGGUCCUACUACCGGGCCGAGGGCUACGUGGCGGGCCAGGACGCGUUCGUGCACCGGGCGUACAUUCUCGCGCACUCGGCGAUGCUGGUGUGGGCUUACGGGUAUUGUCUCGAGGGACCGGAGUCGGGUGCGUUGGGCGAGCGGGACCGCGAGGUGGCGGCUGCGGCGGCGGCGGGCCGGGUCCCCGCGACGUCGACGUCGGAGGGCGAGGACGAGCGGGCGAUUGGGGCGGCCGAGCCAGGCCGCGCGUUUCUGGAGCGGAUGUGCGCGUGUGGCACUGCGCGGGAGAUGGCGAAGCUGCGGGGCAAGAGCAGGACGGUGGGGUUGCUGCGGGUUGUGAUCGAGGCGCUGCAGUCGAGCAAGUGGCAGCUUGUGCACGAGGUGUGCGAUGUGCUCAAGUGCUGCAUCCAGCGGAGUCUGGGCCGGGACGAGGCGAGCGUGAGGGGCGGGCGGGAGUAUUACGAGGAGUAGUGUUUUCUACUAUUUGUGUAUAUUUACUGUAUAAAAUGGUGAUGACGAUGUCGGUGUUGACGAUGAUGCGUUUCUGC